AUGAGUAAGAUUAUUCUGGUCACUGGUGUUUCUCGUGGAAUUGGGCGUGCAAUUGUUGAGAAAAUAUGCGCGACCUCAGAUGCUGUUGUGCUUGGCAUAGCAAGAUCAGGGGCUCCUUUGCAAGAGUUGAAGACAAAGUAUGGAGAGAAAUUUGAAUACAUUGUUGGUGAUAUCACUGAUGAUGCUGUCAUUGAAAAGUCAUUAUCACUUGUGACUUCCAAGUAUGGGAGGUUGGAUGCUGUUAUAGCUAAUGCGGGGGUGUUAGACCCUGUGCAGGAUGUGAAUUGUAUCGACGUUUCAGAGUGGAAACGGCUUUUUGAUGUCAAUUUCUUUAGUGUUGUUACUCUUGUAAGCAACUCAUUACCAUUGUUGAAAGCCUCCCAGGGCAACGUUAUAUUUGUGAGUAGUGGCGCAAGUGUUACAGCAUACCCAAGUUGGGGUGCCUACGGCUCAUCAAAAGCUGCUUUGAAUCAUUUUGCUGCAACAAUAGCUGCUGAUGAGCCCUCAGUAAGAGCUAUUUCUGUUGCGCCAGGUGUUGUUGAUACGCAAAUGCAACAUGAUAUCAGGAACAAGUUUAGUAGUUCGAUGGUUCCCUCUACGUUGGAACGGUUUGUUAAUCUAGAUAAGAACGAUCAACUCUUAGCUCCAGAGGUUCCUGCUACUGUUUAUGUAAAUUUGGCUCUCAAAGGUAUUCCAGAAAAUGUGAAUGGCAAGUACUUGAGAUAUGACAAUAACCUCAUUGCAGAUUAUGCAACUUGA